AGGCCGCCGCGCUCUCCACCGUGCCCCGCGGCGGGGCCCGAGCGUGGCUGCUGGGCGCCACGCUCAACAUGGACGCGACCACGCAGCGGUCGCAGGCCGCCCUGCGCAGCGCCCGCCUGGCCUGCGUGGAGAUCCACGCGUCCAGGCGCCUGCGCAUUGUGAUCCAGAAGAUCCUGGGGGCGGCGCAGAGGGCCUUGAGUGCCUUCGACGCCCCUGGCUUCACGCUCUGCGGCAUGGUCCAGCUGCUUGAUGCGAAGGGCACCAGCGGACGCAGCAUCCUCCACUACGUGUGCCUCGAGUGCAGGGCGAGCGACCCUCGCUUCCUGGAGUCCCUGCUGGCGGAGCUCCGACGCGUGCCGCGGGCAGCCGUGGCGCAGAUCCACACCGUCCAGGAGCAGACGCAGGACCUGGAACGCAUCAGCCGCGCCGCGCUUGCGGAGCUGGCGGGGGGCCACGAGGAGUACGCCUCGAGCGGCGGCGCAACAGCGCGGGCCGCGCUCAUCGGCAUCGUGGCCAGAUCAGCUGCCUCGGCGCGGUCGAUGCGGCGCUCGAUCGAGCGCACCGGGCGUGUGCUCGCGGAGCUGGAGCGGUUCCUGGGGCACGACAGGUCGAAGGCGGCUUGCAAGGGCGUCACCACGCAGCUGGACACCAGCGCUAUCGCCAUCGUGAAGUCCCUCUUAGAGCGCUUCUCUCGCGCCUGGGCGGAGGUGAAUUUGCGGAACAAGGAGUUGGGGCAGCAUAGCGAGUCUGGCGGCUCCUGCAGCGAGGCGGCCAGCGCGAGGC